AUGGCGGCCACCGCGCUGCGGCACCGUGAAGGUGGGCGGGGCUCUAUUAUGAUCCUCUCCGGCUCCCGUUCGGCCUCCCCGGAAGGAAGCAAGCUGGCCGCCCGGGGGCGGGGCGAGGCCAAUAAGCGGCCGCCCGACGGCUCGAAGGGUCGGAGGAGGCUUGGCGACUCGGAGCUAACGAGGCUGAAGGAGGCGGGACUCCUCAUCCCUCCAAAAUGGGCUCGACCAACUUCACUCAAGAGGUUCACAAGCAAGAAGCCCCUUCGGCUCAAGACGGUGGACGUGGAAAACCAGCAAUGGGGCCGAGCAUGUGGCCAAGAAAGCGGGGAUGCCUCCCUCCCCAAGAACCAUCUCCUCCUGCCUCGAGAUCCGGCAACUUCGGGGCAGCUGCGGACGCGGGAAAUGUGCCCAUCGCCUGCCUCGGAGGGGAGAAGGGGGAAUCAUCAUUGGCCCGGUGGGGGAGAGCUGGAACCCAAAGGGGCCCUCUCUCCUCCCACCCACGCACCCCAUCCAGCCCAAAGUGGAGGGCGAUCCGGAGAGCCAGCCUGCCUCUCACCAGCUCCGCUUUCCACUCCAAGCGGAUCCCCAGGCUUUCAGCCAUUAUCUGAUUUGUCUUCCUAUGAAAUUGGUGUCCCCAGGAGGAUAACGAGAGAACGACGUGAACGGCUGCCUUUCAGCCCAGCGUCUCAGGACAAGUUAUUGUAUACCAUCAAGAUCGAAGGAACUAAACGGACGCUUCAUCUAGUAAAAAACAAACAACUUCUGCCGACAGACUUCACAGUUUACACGUACAACGAAGACGGAACGCUUCAUGUGGAUAUAAAAAAUUUCCAGGAUCACUGUCACUAUCAGGGGUAUGUGGAAGGAAUAUUAAACUCUGUCGUUGCCGUCAGCACCUGUUCUGGACUCAGGGGUUUAAUCCAAAUCGAAAACAUCACCUAUGGAAUUGAACCCCUUGAUUCGUCAGACUCCAGACAUCUCAUCUACCGACUGGAGAACGUGAGGAGGCACCGCCUGGCCUGUGGGGUUUCUGCUGACUCGAAUCAAAAAUGCGGAAGGGUGGACAUCCCGGCCAUGCCUCAGUUGCAGAGAAAAAAGAGAGGCAUCCUUCACCAGACAAGAUACGUGGAGCUUUUCAUAGUUGUGGACAGAGAAAGGUACAUGGUUUUAGGCCAGAAUAAAACAGCUGUAACAGAAGAGAUGGUGCACUUAGCCAACUACUUGGACAGUAUGUACGUUAUGUUGAACAUCCGCAUUGUGUUGGUCGGGUUGGAGAUUUGGACGCGGCAAAAUCAAAUCAGCAUAGAAGGAGGGGCGGGAGACGUGCUGGGCAACUUUGUACAGUGGCGAGAACAGGAGCUCGUCCCACGCCAAAGACAUGACAGCGCGCAGCUUGUCCUGAGAAAGGAGUUUGGUGGAACAGCUGGGAUGGCUUAUGUUGGAACAGUGUGCUCUAAGAGCCACGCUGGAGGAAUUAACGUGUUCGGACCGAUCAGCGUCCAGAUGUUUGCAUCCAUCGUCGCCCACGAGCUCGGCCACAACCUUGGAAUGAACCACGACGACGAAAGGAACUGCCACUGUGAAACGGGGAACUGCAUUAUGAAUUCCGGAGCAUCAGGAGCCCGAAACUUCAGCAGCUGCAGCGAGGAAGACUUUGAGAAGCUCACGCUGAACAAGGGUGGAAGCUGCCUUCUCAAUAUCCCCCGGCCGGAGGAAACCUACAGUAUUCCCUACUGCGGCAAUAAGCUCGUGGAUGCAGGGGAGGAAUGCGAUUGUGGCUCUCUGGACGAGUGCAAAACUGAUCCUUGCUGUGAAGCUGGAACGUGUAAACUCCGCCCAGGCGCCGAAUGUGGUUAUGGAGACUGCUGUCACAAUUGCUAUUACUUGACCAAAGGCACCAAGUGCAGAGAAAGCGCCAGUGAGUGUGACCUCCCGGAGUACUGCAACGGAUCCUCACCCUUCUGCCCGCAGGACGUCACCGUUCAGAACGGGCACCCUUGCCACAACGAGGAAGCUUAUUGCUACAACGGGUUGUGCCAGUACUACGAAGCGCAGUGCCAAGCCAUCUUUGGCCCAAAGGCGAAGGCGGCACCAGAAAUUUGCUUCUCCGCUGUCAAUUCCAAAGGGGACCGGUUUGGAAACUGUGGCUACCACGGCCAUGAUUACAAGAAGUGCUCAAGCUGGAAUGCCAUGUGUGGAAAGCUACAGUGUGAGAACGUGAAGACAUUGCCCGUCUUUGGGAUCAAGCCGGCCAUUAUUCAGUCUCCUAUCAAAACCAGCAUGUGCUGGGGAGUGGAUUUCCAGCUAGGAUCGGACGUCCCAGACCCAGGAAUGGUGAACGAAGGUACCAAGUGUGCACCUGGAAAGGUGUGUAAGCACUACCAGUGUGUGGAUGCGGCAGUUUUGGGUUAUGACUGUGACAUAAAGAAUCGGUGCCACGGCCACGGGGUAUGCAAUAGCAACAAGAACUGUCACUGUGAUCCAGGCUGGGCCCCUCCCUUCUGUGACACCAAAGGAUACGGUGGCAGUGCGGACAGUGGGCCUCCCUAUAACGAUGAAGAUAACACAACCAGAAACUGGCUACUGGUAUUCUUCUUCCUGAUUCUUCCCCUUCUUGUGGCUUUGCUCUUCUGUUAUUUUACAAGGAAUCAGUUUGCAAAAUCCAUAAGGCCACUGGUGGACAGCUGUUGUCGGUGUUUCAGCAGAUCGGAUCACAGGACGCGGCAAAAUGUAAACACAGAGUUCCCACCAAGCGCUCCAUACCCUCCGAGAGAUACAUCAACUCAAAUGAAUAGGCAAUCAAACAGAUACCCUGUGCCAUCCUACACAGCUAAUCAGCAAUGGCAUGGUGAACCUUUCCAUUACAAGGCACCACCUGUAAAUUCAGCACCACUUGUUCCCCCAUCCAUGGAACAGCAUUUUGUCCCAACAAGGCCUCCACCCCCGGCGACAAAGACGACGACAGCAGCUCAGGAACGUUUUGUCCCCUCCCGCCCUGCACCUUUGCCCCCCAAAUAAUGUCCCACCUGUCUUUCACAAGCCAUUCAAUUUUGCUGGGACAGAGAGCUACAUCAGUCUUCCAUCAAGUGGUCCUUGAGACCCUUCCUUUUCUCAUCAGCACUGGACAAGGAAAAAAACAAAGAGAGGAAGGAAGGAAGGAAGAAGAAAAAUGCAAAACCAAGGAAUGUAAGCUUACCGAACAAAUACCUCUACCCAAACUUGCAGGAGCCAAGAUCGCUGAGCCUGUGAGAACUGUCGGUGUGAACUGCAGUUGGACUGCACUGCUGGAAUCAGUGGAUCAGCCUGAACUAUAGUUACCUUUUGGGUGUAACUGUGUCUUCCCCUCUUUUAUGAUGAUUUGUUCAGAAAAAUAUUCAGUACAUGAGCAUCCCCCACCCCCAGAUGGUUGCUGGAAAGAAUAUAACAUUGAGUGAAGACAGGCAAACGUUAGCAGUGUGGCUAAUUUAGACUCUUUUGCUGCGUUUAGACCAAUCUUAUCUUGUUGGAAUGGCCUGUUCUUUGAAACAGCCUUAAAGGGUACUGCAGGCUUUGAACAGAAAUCAUAUAUGGAUAGCACUGAUUGGCCUGUGUCCAUUGCGUUACCACAUCCAUGUCUUGCCCUCUGUAGCCUUGGGAGCAAUUUUGCACUUUUAAAAAUCUAAAACGUUAACAAGGCAAACAAUGGAGAUGUAACUGCGUGCAUGGCAUUUUUAAAAAAAAAGACAGUCUAAAGAAUAAUAGAAGAGUAAAGACUGACAGACGGUGACCUGAGGCCCCUAUUCUGAGUUCUCUUUGGUUAGUGUUACACUUGUCUUCACUCAUGCUUGCAUAAAAGGAAGUGUUAAAAGCUGCUGUUCAGACAGGAUGAGCGCAUGGACAGGAAGAGAAACUAGACCAUUGUUGUUGUUUUAAUUUGGGUUACCAGGCAGCUAAAAGGCACAUGGUAAAUCAGGAAGCCAGCUUGCAGUCCACUUCUAUACGUGUCUAGUCCCAAUUAAGUUCCGUGGGACUUUUAGGUAAGUUAUUAUAAGACUGCAGAUGUAAUCUUGAUGUCCCACCAGAUGGACGGACCGGGUGCCAUCCACGCUGCGCUGCUGUUCCAACGUUCCUGCCGUAAGAUAUUUUCUACGACAAGAAAACAAGAUGGAAGAAAUGGUAACUUAGAAAAGGACACAAUGAAUGAAGGACAUCUGAACCCAAUCCCCUUAAAAGGCUGUAGAAGAGACAGGGUGGUUGCACAAUGGGAGCCUUGCCUAAAAGCCGUCCUUGACAAAAGAUGGAGCAUAUUCUUAGCAUAUUUUAGUUUUUUUUUAAAUAGUGUGGGAGACUGCUUGUGUCUUUAUGUAAAUUAACCCAAGGCAAUUUUAACUGUGUUCCGGCUGACACUAAACUAUAGUUAAUAAAGGAUAUUAGGUUUAACUUAACAAUUGUUUUAAGUUAACAAACAGAAGUACGGGCAAUUCUUCAAAUAUACCACUAAUAAUCGUUAUGCAAAAAAAAGGUACGAGGUGUACUUUUCGUCAAGGCUGGGGAGCGAGCAGCUGAUGGCUAGCCAAAGCACUUCCAUGCAGCUCUCACAUAUUUGCUAGAAGUCAGAAACAGAGGGGCGCCUGGAAUGUUUAUGACAACCAGCACUCAAGAACUGGAACUGAAAAGAUUUAAAAGCAGAGACUCGCUCAGUUUUGAUUCCCACAACAUUGGCAUCUUCCUGUGGAUGCAAGAGGCGUCACUAGCCUCACCGGAAGACCAGCGUCAAGAUCAUCCAUGCUGUUGUAUUCCUUCUGAUCACUAUGUACAAGUGUGAAAGUUGGAAAGCUGUCAGGG